AUGGCGGUGAGGUGCUCCUCACGCUGGUUGUCGGUGGCUGUGGGGAACCCCCGGCUGCCGGCCGCGGCGGGGAAAAGGGUUCUUGGACCCUGGGAGGGUACCGUGGUGGUCUCUCUAAAUCGUAGGUUGAGUGACGUCGCCUUCUCUCCUCUUUUGGGAGUCUGCGCCCCAGGGAGACUCCUGACAUUGAGACCUAGCGUCAGCCUCUCAGGAAUAAAAUUUUACCCUUUAAUUUGUACUUCUUCAUUUCAUACGAGUUCCCCUUCCUCAGCCAAAGAUGAUUAUUAUCAGAUAUUGGGAGUACCCCGAACGGCCAGCCAGAAAGAGAUCAAGAAAGCCUAUUACCAGCUUGCCAAGAAGUACCACCCUGACACGAAUAAGGAUGAUCCUAAGGCUAAAGAGAAGUUCUCACAGUUAGCAGAAGCCUAUGAGGUCUUAAGUGAUGAAGUGAAGCGAAAACAGUACGAUACUUAUGGUUCAGCUGGCUUUGACUCUGGAACCGGAAGUUCAGGACAGAGCUAUUGGCGAGGCGGCCCUACUGUUGACCCAGAGGAACUCUUUAGGAAGAUCUUUGGGGAGUUUUCAGGAUCUCCAUUUGGAGACUUCCAGAGCGUAUUUGAUCAACCCCAGGAGUACAUCAUGGAAUUGACAUUUAAUCAAGCUGCAAAGGGUGUUAAUAAAGAAUUUACUGUGAACAUUAAUGACUCCUGUGAGCGAUGUGAUGGCAAAGGAAAUGAACCAGGCACCAAAGUUCAGCAGUGCCAUUAUUGCAAUGGCACAGGAAUGGAGACCAUAAAUACAGGCCCUUUUGUGAUGCGUUCUACAUGUAGGCGAUGUGGAGGCCGUGGAUCCAUAAUAACUACUCCUUGUGUGAUAUGUAGGGGAACAGGACAAGCAAAACAAAAGAAGAAGGUCGUGGUCCCAGUACCUGCAGGAGUGGAGGAUGGCCAGACUGUUAGAAUGCCUGUAGGGAAAAAAGAAAUUUUCAUAACAUUCAGGGUUCAGAGAAGUCCUGUGUUUAGGAGGGAUGGAGCUGAUAUCCACUCAGACCUCUUUAUUUCUAUAGCUCAAGCUGUCCUUGGUGGGACAGCCAGAGCUCAGGGGUUGUAUGAGACAAUCAAUGUCACGAUUCCUCCUGGGAUACAGAUUGACCAAAAGAUUCGAAUGAGUGGGAAAGGCAUCCCCCGGAUUAAUAGCUAUGGCUAUGGUGACCACUACAUUCACAUAAAGAUUAGAGUUCCCAGACGAUUGACGAGCAGGCAGCAAAGCCUGAUGCUCAGCUACGCAGAGGAUGAGACUGAUGUUGAAGGGACAGUAAAUGGUGUCACAAGUACAACUGCUGGUGGCAGCACCAUGGAUGGCUCUGCCAGAGACAGAGCUAGGCCUGAGGCUGGGGAGAACAAGGAGGGAUUCCUUACCAAACUUAAGAAAAUGUUUAGUUCCUGAUAUUCCAGGCGAGGCAAACGGUCCACUGGAAACUAGGCAGAGGAAGUCACAAGGACACAUCAUUCUGUCUGUUGGACUGGAAAAUGGAAGGACUCCAGAUCAAUAGCACAGCAGCUGCAUGCAGAGGCUCUCUGACAUACUUCAUCAAGAGUAAAAUCAUGUGACAAAUUUCCCCUUAGAAUAGGGUUACCAGUGGAUGGACUUAUCAAUAAGACAUGCCUUAACUCUAAGACAGACCCUUAUAUCUUAACAGAUGAUGCAGAUUUCCUGUCCAUAGGAAGGUAACCCAAAUCCUUCUGACUCUACACACAGUAGAACAAUUGAUACUUCUUAUGGAACCAAAAUUUUAAUUUGGAGUUGGAUGUGAUGGGAAUUGUAGGUAUGAAACUUUUAAAAAAAUAACAGAAAACCACAAAACCUCUGCCUACAGCUUAAAAUGAAGCCUUAAGCUGCAUACGGCUGUGAACUAAUUAACUUUUCACUUAGCAAGUAUCCUGAAGAACUGCCCAAGUAAAUCCGUCCCAAUAGGCUCUUUUCUCUAAGAGCUUAUACUCAGCAUGCCUUGACAAUGUCCUUUUCCUUCUAAAAGGAUAUGUCAGGAGCUAUUCAAUUCUCCCUUCAUUGCAGCCACUUCCGUGGGUCAUUGUUUUCAAAAUUCUAGGGGUACAGUGCAUCUUAUUAAGUAAGCACUUUGGUGGUGUGAAAGCAUCUAAUGAGCUAAGAAGAUUUAAUUGCAGGGGGAGGGGUGUAUAAAUUUAGUGACUAUAGGGCAUAAUUAUCAUUAUAGAGUUAUCCUUAACAAAGGUAUCCUGGUGUCCUCCCACUUCAGUUUUGUCAUUUAAAGCCAGACUGUAAGCCCAAGUCAGACUAUAUAUAUAUCCCAUGUCCUUAAAUGGAUAGAGUUCAGCUAUUCCAUUCAAACUGAGUUCUUGCCAGCCAUGGAGUAAGGUUCUUGGAUUACUGUGCUUACAUUGUUGGCAUCAUCAGAAAAGUAUCUUUAAAUUAUUUGACUCUUAAGAAUCAUUGUCUCUUCAUGUACAAGCGUUUGUUUGGUUUCUUAAAAAUAGUAAUCUAACCAGUUUCAAGUUUUCAAGUUUUAAACUAUAGCAAAAUGCAUCAUUUCCAUAGUAGCCACAGCUUUAUCUAAAUAUUGUGGCUUCAAAGUGUUUUAAAAAUGCUCAUGCUAAAAGUCAAGCAGGUUAAUGAAGAAUGUUUCUGAAUGGUUCCACUUUUAUUUCAUUUUUAAUUUGCUUAAAAUAAAACCAUUAUUAGUGUCUAAUUUAAAAUCUGUAAAAUGAUUCUGUAUCAAUGUAAAUAAGAUUAUCUGCUGCAAAAAGAUGCUUAAAAACCCAA